GUGAAAUUCUCCGAAAAAGGGAAAAAAGAGAAUUGAAAUUUCUCGUGAUCAACCCCGAUCUUCAGAGUCCCCAGUCCUGUUAACAGUUUAUGAGUUUUCCAUCAGAUAAUCACGGAUCAAACUGCACCAACUUCAUAGCCAAGGUAAAUUCAUCUUCUGUCCUCAACUCUAUCAACUACAACUAGUAAAGUUGAUCUCAUCUCAACCUUGUUUUUGAAAUGCGCGUUACAUCAUUUUUCUAAUGGAAGUCCCCAAAUCCCCUUCCAAAUAUAAACGAAUCGCCAACCACAAAUGGCUCAUAAAAUUAGGUUUAGUCGUUUUGGUAAUGCUGCUAUUGUUUUUGGGGUUUUAUCUCGAGUCAGAUACCGCAAAAUUCAAUCCGUCUUCGUAUUACACUGUGGUUGUGGAUUGUGGAAGCACUGGAACACGUGUGAAUGUCUAUGAGUGGAUGGUAGGGUUAGGGGGGAUAAGCAAAGGGAACUUGCCAGUGUUGUUGCACUCUUAUCCUGAUAAUGCAACCAAGAGUUCCCUUUGGAAAAAUUCUUGUCAAUACCACUGUAUGCAAACUGAACCCGGGUUACAAAACUUUGUUAAUGAUUCUUUAGGAGUGAGACAGGCAUUGGAGCCUUUGAUUGUGUGGGCAGAACAUCUUGUGCCGCGCGAAAUGCGCAGUGACACUCCUGUUUUUGUCUUGGCCACUGCUGGGUUGAGGAGGCUCCCCAGGGAGGAUGCUGACCGGGUGUUGGAAGAUGUUGAGGCUGUUGUGAAGGAUCACUCCCUUAUGUUUAACAAGAGCUGGAUAAGGGUUUUGAGUGGGAGGGAGGAAGCUUAUUAUGGUUGGGUGGCUUUGAACUACAAAAUGGGAAGCUUUGAUGGCUAUCCUGAGUCUCCCACUUUGGGACUUGUUGAUUUGGGUGGCUCGUCGUUGCAGGUUGUGGUUGAGAUAGAUGGUUCCGGGGAUGAUGUGCAUGUGAUGCGAUCGAAGCUCAGUUCAAUGGAACAUCGGAUUAUGGCAUACUCAUUGCCAGCAUUUGGCUUAAAUGAAGCAUUUGAUAGGACAGUUCUUAUGCUCAGAAGUAAUCAAAGUAGGGAAAGAGCUGCAGAUAUCUCUGAGCUUAGACAUCCUUGUUUGGUAUCAAAUUUUUUACAAAACUAUACAUGCCAUUCUUGCUCUGGAUUGACUUCUAUUUAUCAGAAAAAUCACAGCGAACCCCAGGAAAGUGAACUUUAUUCUUUACGUCUUACUGGAGAACCUGAUUGGGAGCAGUGCAAAAAACUAGCUAUUGCUGCUGCUAUGAACAUGAGCGAUUCGGAAGUGUCACAUCUGACAGUUAGCAAAAAUUGCCAAGCUAGUUCAUUUUCUGGUAUUGGCACUGGAAUACUUAAUUUAACAGCUGUUGCACACCCAAUCAAGUUUCAUGCUUUAUCUGGCUUCUUUUUAGUCUACAACAAGCUAAAUUUGAGCCAAAGAGCCAACUUAACAAUGGUUUGGGAGUCUGGCAAGCAAAUAUGUUCAAAUUUGUGGUCUGGCUUGAGCAGUGUUUCUGACAAUCCAAAUUAUGCUGGACAAUUUUGUUUCCGGGUGGCUUAUAUGGCAUCAUUGAUUGAAUAUGGUCUGUGUCUUGGUGAUGUUGAAAUGGUAUUUGGUCCAGGUGACAUUUCAUGGACCUUAGGAGCUGCAUUAAUUGAAGGGAAAUUUCCGUGGUUAAAUAGUGCAAGCCACAAAGCUCAUGUUAUUAUUUCAACUUUAAGGAAUGUCAAGGUCAUGUCUUCUCCAACUUUUCUCUUUGCUGUACUUCUAUUUCUUUUAUUGAUUGUUUAUUGUAGUCAAAUUAAGCUACCAAUGCCAAGCAGGAGGGCUUUGGCUCCUGUCUCAUCUUUGCCAUCCUAUACUCAUGGGGAGGGAGACGGGGAAAGGAGUGUAAUGCCUCAUGGAGAAUUGAACUAAACCCCUGAAUCCUGAUUUUACGAGGUGAUAUGUUAGACCAUCGAGGUCAAGUUUGGCGCGCCCAUGGCUACUUAAAAUUGGACCUUUUAUGAUUUAUUUCUUCCCAUCCUAUCAAAUACAUAGAAUUUCACUAAGAAUAAGUUUUCACAAACUAAGCCAUUAAGAGAGACAUAUAACUGCACUGAUUCAAGUGUAGAAAAACACAUUCUGAUGUUUCUCUUUUAAAACAUUCAGAAAAAAUUAUCAUGGAGAAAUCCCGACUCUCCUGGAGCCUGUUCUUCUUGUAGCAUAUUUUAAACUUCAUUGAGAUUGGGUACCGCAAAACUAGAUCAUUUCCUUGAGAAUUGAUCCUCUACUUGAUCGCCCUACUGGUGCGAUUCUUUUUUUCACAUGAUAAACUAGUUUCACUUUAUAUAUCUCCACACUAAAGAUUCCAUGCAUACGUUAUGGUCUAAUUCUGAUUUGGCUUUUGUUGGGUUGGUUUCUUAAAAAACGGUUGGAGUUAAAUAUUUACACUAGAUUAACAGAAACCAGCCUAAACCCUAAACCUUACAUAGAUUCAUAUUACUAUUAGUUACAAAUGGGUUUGCUAGUUUGCAGCUUCUGCCUCCACUGUGGUAUGCAGGACAUGAUUUAUGAUAUAACUGGUGUAAAUAUGAUCCAUAAAUAUGGGCAAGGGUGAUCAUCUAUACUGUGGCAGGUCAAUUUUCCUUCGGUAAUACUCUCUUAACGUCAUGCUCCUGUUCAGUAACUUUGGCAUUGUUGUAUACAGAGUUAAAAACCACCAUGCACACUUGAAAACCCCACCAUCCCUUGAACAUGCACGCAACCCAGUUGCAGGUUAUUCAGUGCCAUUGCCAUGUUACACUGCUGACAUUUCAUGUUUGGUCUUCUCUUCCUCCAAUUUUGCUCUCAAAGUUUUCACCUUAACAUGCUUCUCAAUAACUGGGUCCUUGGCUCUUAUGGUAGCCAGAGGAUUCUGACAUGGAAUAUGGACUAUUAUAUUUGCACACCUGGAUCGAAACUGAAUAGCCCUCUUCUCAAGCUCUUUUAAAUGCAAAAUAUGACUUCUUUUGUUUAUGCUCCGCUGUCUGUUAAACUACCAUGGUAUGAAUAGCUGUCAGCAAAACAAAAAGCUUUUUGUCCUCUCAGAUGCUUCCUUGUCUGGAAUACGAUCAACAGCAAGGUGUCUUUGACUCGUCAUUGGUUCUGUUCUGUUCUGUGCAUUUCGGGCUAACCGGAAUAGCAUUGAUGUACUUCAGGCCCCAGCUGAAAAUAAAAACCAAUCUAAUCGAUUUGAUUUGCUCUAUUUGUUGAGUAGACUCAAUCCAAUGAUAUUCAAUAAGAAUGUACAUCAGCACAAAUUUUUAUAAUAUAAUGGACAGCUGUGUUCAUUCGAUGAUUGUUUCUCAAUAAGUUGAUUAUCCUUCAUAGAACUAAGGAAAGGACUUGUAUCGGGAUGUAUGUAAAUAAUUAA